ACAACAAAAGAAUUUCAGACGGACAAAGACGGAGAAAAAUAAAAAUCGAAAAAGAGGAGAUUCUUUGAAAAUAAACGAAAUUCAAACAGCAAAAUGGAUUCUUGCCAGGCUGUAGAGAAGGAAAUUGAUAAGGUGAUACAAAAAUUCAGUGGCAUACAGUCCCAUUCAACGAGAGUAUUGGACGAUACAAUCAAAUACAUUGAGCAAUUAAAAUCUUCAAUUGAAGAAGCGCCAGAAGAUGGAGAAGUUACACCUGGUCAAAUUGGGUUGUGGCGAGACGCAAUGAAUAAAACAAAGGAAAAAUUACAACGAUUAACCACAGAACACAGAGACUUACAUGGCACAGUUAGCAAAGUAGGCAAAUCAAUCGAUCGCAAUUUAAUUGCAGACUUCACAGCCACAUCCCGCAUUGACCUGUUUGAAUCGGAGAAAAACAUAAAAUUGCUAGACAAUAUUAUUGCACAGCAUUUCCACAGACAGGGCAUGGAUGAUAUUGCAGAGACUUUAAUAAAAGAAUCUGGAUUGGCACAAGAACAAAUCACACCAGAACCAUACGCGGAACUGCAUCGCAUUUGGGAAGCAAUACAGAAUCACAACUUGGGACCAGCACUCGAAUGGGCCACACGAUUUUCCGCAGAAUUGGAGGCGAAACAAAGUGCACUGGAAUUCAAGUUACACCGUCUGGCAUUCAUCCAAAUACUAAAUGGUGGCGUUCAGUCGCAAACCGAAGCCAUUCACUAUGCCCGUCUUAAUUUCUCCAAAUUUGUGAAUCGUUUCGAGAAAGAAAUUCAAACGCUCAUGGGCACGUUAAUUUAUUUGCCCAUGGGCAUCGAUAAUUCACCGUAUAAAUUUUUAAUGGCACCCGAAAUGUGGAUCGAAGCUGCCGACACCUUCCUCAAAGACUCGUGCAAUUUGUUAGGCAUCAUCAAAGACUCCCCAUUAUCGGUUAUUGUGAAUGCCGGCGGCACUGCCCUUCCAGCACUUUUAAGUCUUAAGCAGGUGAUGCAAUCGCGACAAGUCACAAGUAUAUGGAGUGGACGUGAUGAACUACCAAUUGAAAUAGACUUGGAUCCCGAACACCGAUAUCACUCUAUUUUCGCAUGUCCAAUUCUGAGACAACAAAGUACUGAAGAAAAUCCUCCCAUGAAAUUGACUUGUGGUCAUGUCAUUUCGCGUGAUGCCUUAAAUAAACUGAGCAAUGGGUCAGUUAUGAACAACACGUACCGUUUGAAAUGUCCCUAUUGCCCAUCCGAAAUGAAUCCCAAUGAUGCUAAACUGAUAUAUUUUUAGGCAAUCGCUGCAAAACUUUAAUAAUAUUUAUUAUUUUAUUAAAAGGACACUCUGUUAAACAUUUAUGGAUCAAUCAGCACAAGCUUCCAACUCAACUAUUUUUUUUUAAUUUAAAUAAAUAAAUAUGCUUUAGUUAGUUAACUAGAUUAAAGUAAACCAUCAUUCGAGGUUUCACAACUAUUGAGAAAUUUGAAUAAAAAAUGUUUUAAUUUCUAGAAUC